CUGGCUGAUUAAUCGGAUAAUGUCAUCCAUUGAGUUGAGUUCUGGAGCUGAGCGUAUAGUUCAGAGCUCAAUCUCUGCCUGAGAAAUCAACCGCGGGUAUUCUGUAAUCUGGGUCCUGUUGAAAACCAACUUAUUAGUUUCCCUUCUUUUUGCCGGCCAUGGAGAAGAGAAAUAAGAGUGAUAUUGUCUCUAUUAAAACUUUUCUGUACUUCUUCUUCCUACUUCAUGUGGUUUAUGCGGACAAUUCAUCGUUUGUUCCCUCUGACAAGAUCCUCUUGGCUUGUGGUGCACCCUCUGGGACUGUGGAUACGGAUGGUCUGAAGUGGACUUCCGAUAUCGGUUCCAAAUAUGUGGCAGCUGGUGAUAACUCUUUAACAUCCCCGGCUGCCACUCAAGAUCCCUCUGUUCCUCAAGUUCCUUACAUGACUGCAAGGAUCUUCCGAUCUGAACUCACUUACAGCUUCCCUGUUUCCACCGGCCGCAAAUUUAUCCGUUUCUAUUUCUACCCGGAUUCUUAUGCUGGUCUCAAUGCCUCUAAUUCACUCUUCUCUGUUACUUGCGGGGAAUAUACCCUACUCAAAAACUUCAGUGCUUACCAGACUACUCAGGCUCUGAACUUCGCUUUUAUCAUCAAGGAAUUCUCUGUCAAUACAGAUAGUGAAAGAUUGAACAUAACCUUCACACCCUCAAAGGUUUCCAAUGCCUACGCCUUUGUGAAUGGGAUUGAGAUUGUGUCAAUGCCUGACAUAUAUAGUACUACUAAUGUACCUGUCAUUAUUGUUAGCGAAGGUGCUCAAUUCUACAUUGAUAACAGUACUGCACUUGAGAAUGUUUUUCGGCUAAAUGUGGGUGGCAACGACAUUUCACCCACAGGCGAUACUGGCAUGUUAAGGUCUUGGUUCGAUGAUUCACCAUACAUUUAUGGUGCUGCUAUUGGUGUCACAGACUUGGCAAAUUCCACAUCCAUGAUUCAAUUUCCUACCAGCAUUCCUAGCUAUGUCGCACCAGUGGAUGUAUACGCCACUGCUAGGACAAUGGGGCCAGAUCCAAAAGUCAAUGUGAACUACAAUCUGACAUGGAUUUUCACAGUUGACUCAGGGUUUUUUUACCUGGUGAGGCUUCAUUUCUGUGAAUUAGAAUACACCAAGAUUAAUCAGAGGGUGUUCGACAUCUUCCUCAAUAACCAGACUGCAGAGAAUGCGGCAGAUGUGAUAGCUUGGGCUGGAUCGAUCGGAGUUCCGUUUUAUAAGGAUUAUGUGGUUCUUGUGCCACAGGGGCAAGGCCAGCAGGAUAUGUGGCUUGCACUGCAUCCGAAUACACAAUCGAAGCCCAAUUAUUAUGAUGCAAUCUUAAAUGGAGUGGAGAUAUUUAAGGUGAAUGAUACUACUGGAAACCUUGCUGGACCUAAUCCAAUUCCCCCACCACCAGUGCAGCAAGUGCAAAGCCCUCCCCCAUCUUCUAGUUCAGGUGGCUCAAAUAAAGUCAUUGCUGGAAGUGUUACAGGUGGUGUUUCUGUUGCCGGUCUCCUUUGUUUCGUUGUGUUUGCUGUAUCCCGCCGUAGGCAAGGGAAGGACUCCAGUUCUAGUGAUGGACCAUCUGGCUGGCUUCCUCUUUCACUGUAUGGAAAUUCACACUCUUCAGGAUCUGCCAAGACAAACACAACAGGAAGCUAUGCUUCUUCUCUUCCUUCAAACCUUUGCCGCCACUUCUCAUUUGCUGAAAUCAAGGCUGCUACCAAAAACUUUGACGAGGCACUGAUCCUUGGUGUAGGUGGGUUUGGUAAGGUAUACAAGGGUGAAAUUGAUGGUGGUACCAUCAAGGUUGCAAUCAAGCGUGCGAACCCAUCCUCUGAGCAGGGUGUACAUGAAUUCCAGACAGAGAUUGAGAUGCUUUCGAAGCUGCGACACCGCCACCUGGUCUCGCUUAUUGGGUACUGUGAAGAGAAAUGUGAAAUGAUCCUUGUUUACGAUUACAUGGCCUAUGGGACUCUCCGGGAGCACCUUUACAAGACCCAAAAACCACCACUCCCAUGGAAGCAAAGGCUUGAAAUCUCCAUUGGAGCUGCUAGGGGAUUACACUAUCUCCACACUGGUGCCAAAUACACUAUCAUCCACCGAGACGUCAAGACGACAAACAUCCUCUUGGAUGAGAAGUGGGUAGCAAAGGUUUCAGAUUUUGGAUUGUCAAAGACUGGACCAACAUUGGAUCACACACACGUCAGUACUGUUGUGAAGGGUAGCUUUGGUUAUUUGGAUCCAGAGUAUUUCCGAAGGCAGCAGCUGACAGACAAAUCAGAUGUGUACUCAUUCGGGGUGGUACUGUUUGAGCUUCUAUGUGCACGGCCAGCAUUGAAUCCAACGCUGCCUAAGGAGCAAGUGAGCUUGGCAGAGUGGGCAUUUCAUUGCCAGAAGAAAGGGAUGCUUGAUCAGAUCAUGGACCCAUAUCUGAAGGGGAAGAUUGCACCGGAGUGCUUCAAGAAGUUUGCAGAGACGGCAGAGAAGUGUGUGGCAGAUCAGGGAAUCGACCGGCCGUCGAUGGGUGAUGUGCUGUGGAACCUUGAAUUCGCAUUACAGCUACAGGAAAGCGCGGAGGAGAGUGGCACUGUUAUUCAGAGUGACAUGGAGAUAGAGGAGACUCCAUUCAAGAAAAGCAGUGGGGGAAAGAAGGACCCAAAUGGGUAUGAGGGGAACAUGACAGAUUCAAGAAGCAGUGGGAUGUCGAUGAGCAUUGGAGGUCGAAGCCUUGCGAGUGAGGCUUCGGAUGGUUUGACACCCAGUCAAGUGUUCUCACAGAUCAUGAACCCCAAAGGACGUUGAGGGCUCAGCAGGUAUCUGUUCAAAUUAAAACCAAUAGAGUGAUGAGAUGUUUGGAUAACCACGUUCUGUUCUAUGGAUUUUCCCCCCCUUCUCUUCAGUCCAUUAACUUUGUUAAAAUCAUUCUUGUUGUUAAUGUUUUUUAAAUUUCUGGUGGAAAUUGUUAUGGCAAUGGCUUUCACAAUUUAUUUAUGGUAAACUCUAAAGAAGCUUGUAAGUGAAUAAUGUUAUACUUGCAUCUUUUGGAAUUGGUUAUUUAUUUAUGGUAAACUCUAAAGAAGCUUGUAAGUGAAUAAUGUUAUACUUUCAUCUUUUGGAAUUGGUUAUUGAUUAUUGUGAGUCCUCUUUUGGCUA